UAACGCGCGAGCCCGUGUUUCUCAGGCAGUACUGCGGAGUGGCGGAUCUGCGUCGUGUUCAGGCUCCUGCGACCUAAUGCGCCUUACAGGCAGCUGAGUCAGUCAGUGGCGUGGGGACUGAAAAGCCGUGGACACUGAGGCUACUCGCGGGGAAUAAACAUGUCGAGGAAUCAGAGGACGCCGCAGAAAAACACAGACACUGUGGUCGAGGUGAAGAGCAAAUUUGAAGCAGAAUACCGGCGAUUUGCGCUGCAGAGGAAUGGCACCGUCAGCUUCCAGGAGUUUUACCGGCUGCUGCAGAAAGUGCACCACAUUCCAGGUGUUGAUGUGCUACUGGGCUACGCUGACGUCCACGGAGACCUGCUUCCCAUCAACAACGAUGACAACUUCCACAAAGCGCUGUCUUCCGCCAAUCCUCUGCUGAGGAUUAUCAUCCAGAGGAGAGAUGUGGACUUUGGACUUUGUGAGCCUGUGGUCUUUGGCACAAACUCUCUGCAGAGAAGAAAGAAAGGCCUAGCAGGUCUGCGUCCCGCCCAACAGAAGAACAAAUCGGGUCUGUUGAUCGGCUUCCCGCAGGACUUCCGCCAGAUCUCGUCCAUCAUCGAUGUGGACAUCCUGCCCGAGACACACCGCCGUGUACGCCUGCACAAGCAUGGCACCCACAAACCUCUGGGCUUCUACAUUCGUGAUGGUGUGAGUGUUCGUGUCACCUCACAGGGUGUCGAGAAAGUGCCUGGUGUCUUCAUCUCACGUCUGGUUAAGGGCGGCCUGGCCGAGAGCACAGGAUUGCUCGGGGUCAACGAUGAGAUUCUGGAAGUCAAUGGCAUUGACGUGGCCGGCAAGUCACUGGACCAGGUUACGGACAUGAUGGUGGCCAACAGUCACAACCUGAUUGUGACAGUCAAACCGGCCAAUCAGCGCAACAACGUGAUGCACAGAUCGAGCAAAACCUCAGCUGGCAACAACUCUGCCGGCUCAGGAGGAUCCGCGCUUUCCCAGGACUCUAUUCCCAGUCCUGCCUCGCAAACGGUUAGCCAGUACAGUAACAGCAACAGCGUACUGGAAGGGGACAGUGAUGAAGAUGAAUCCGACCUCAUUAUCGAGAGUGACAACCUGCUUGCCUACACGCCACAUCAUCUUACCAAUGGAAAUGGCAUCGUUUCUUCUUACGGGCAGAGGUCGCUCCCACAGAGCGUCUCCUUGCCUAGUACCAGCUCUAUGAGCUCGCACAACAGCAGCCCCAAUAAGACGAGCAGCAGCCAAGAAAGCAUGAGAGAGGAUGGCAACUUCAUCACAUUGUGAAACACCUCAUAAUAAUAUUUCUUAUCAUAUGGAACACUCUCAUACAAAGUUUUUAUGCACAACUAGUACAAAGUGAAGGCUACAUGUUUUAUGGUACUGUACCUACUGUCACAAAACAUCAAGAUGAUGUUGAUCUCCAUAAGAACUCGCCUCCCCAGUUGAAGGGGGGACGUGAGCAUAGUGGAGUUGGUGAGGGGCGCACAUGGCCUGGACCAUCUCCAGACUAAAUGUGUGCACAUCACCCCAUGGAAGUGCCUUAUGGACUUAUGGUCGCAUUUUUACUUAAUAAAUGAACUACAGAUCAUUCAUAUCAUACAGCGUAGAUACAUUGUGCCACAACUGAUGAAGGAGCAGCAACUAGCACACAAACACACACUCUCUUCACGGUGGUGUUGAUGCCUUGAUGCCUAAUCCGAUCUCCACCCGCACUAUAGUAUUGGUGGAGUCUGUGUUCUCCACCACAUGAACUCUACAGAAACACUGGAAUGUUUAUCUGAUGCUUCCUGCAUGUCAAAAUGGCAUAGUAGCAUUGGUAUGAUGAAGAAUGAUGAAGAAUUUAAUAAUGCACAUGUAGUAGUGCUGUCCUGAUCCAUGAUAUAUGUGUUAAGCAUCUCUGAUUUCUGUGAUUUGGGCUCCAGGAACUUCUGUUAGGACACACCAUGUCAUUUUUAUAGUAUCACUGACACGUAUAGAUUCAAGCUGUGGCUUUUCUAUUUGCUUUUCCUCUACAGUAACUAACAGUCUGCCUUUCAUCACACAACCUCUUCUUAAACAUGCCUUUCAUGGUGUAAUUUUGGUUGUAUUUUGCUGCUAGACGUUAUUCAGCCUUACAAAUCUGUCCUAAGUUAUAAAAUUCAUAGCAAAGUAGACACCAAAUGUUGCCUACCAUCUAGCAAACUGCAGCUAAAAAGGAAGAAGUACAAUACAGUAACCUACACCUUGCAUGAGGAAAUGGCGGAAAUCCAGUCCUAAUGACGUUUGAAAGAUAAGUUCCCUCUCUAUCAUCUCCUGCUAUCAGAUUCCAUUUAUUCACGCAGUCAGGUUUCACAUAGCUCUCACUGAACUGUGUUUAUAUUUAUCUGCACUGAAAUUCAGCAUCUGUCUCAUUUCAUUUCUCUCAAAAUGCACAGUGUUUCAGAAGGUUUCAGUCUCCCCAAGACCUGUCUCACCUCAAGCUGCUUAAAGAGUUCUGAACCCAGGGAUAGCUGCUUGACCCCAGACUCGGGUGGCCUCUCUGCUUUUGAAGCUGGCUGCCUAUAGUCGCCUGCCUGGGGUUGUUAUCCACUCUCCCUAGAAAUAUAUCAAUAAUAGAUGUUUUACUCACACUGAGAUGUGCCUCAGAGAGAGAGAGACAGGGCCUUGACCUCUUGUGGACCCAGCUGUCUGCGUGCUGUCUUAUGUGCUUUGUGUUUGUUUUUUGUUUUUUUGAAGGAAAUUCCUUUCAUGUUUAUAAAGGCUAAAAUUCAGCCUGACUGGGGAGCUGGUUUGUUCAGUCCUCUCCUGAUAUGUGUGUGUGUGUGUGUGUGAGAAAAACUAAAUUCCAAAUGACAAAUAAGAUACCGACAAUGGAGGAGAAUGAAGGAGGAACUCAAUUAAAUGGAGCUGGAUCAAAAAUGUUGACUUUUCACCAACGUUCCAUCUUUUUAAAAUCGUUUUCACCUAGACUAAAUGUGGCCAGCAAAAACACAUGUUAUGCCAAAGUGUUCAAAGCCCGUGGAUAGGUGUGUUCCUGGCAGGUGUAGUUUCAUCACUGGAGCCUUCUUUAUUUCCACCUCAUCAUAUUUAUUUCCACUCUCUCACAUUAUAGUUAUAUUUAAGCAGAUCUUCAAGCUGAGAAAGGCUGCAGAACCGGGCUUGUUUUGACAUACCCAGACACAAUGUCUGCAAACCUAACACCUCUGAUUCACUGGGACAGCUGGAGUGCACAUGAAAUAAAAGAUGGACACAAUCGUAGUGGAAGGGCAUUUAAAAGGGAUCGGACAGCUGGAGGGGUAUUUCUGGGAGCUGGAGAUUUGUUAUCCUAGUCUGAUUAGGUUAUUUAAGAGGAUUUAUUUUUAGGAGGAAUUGUUGCAAAUGCACUGGUUACUAUUUCUGAAGGGCAGUAUGAAAAGAUAUUCAGAUAUUUCUCUCUCUAUCUCUCUCUGUCUUGUUAAUCAGUACCUAAAGAUAUGAACGGCACACAAAUUGGAAUAACAGCCACCGUAAUAAAAAAACAAAAAGUACCAUAAACCUAAUUUUUUUAUGUAUGUAAAUGUAUAUGUAUAUAUACACAAUGAGAAAAUGGACAAUUUUGUAACCGGGAGCCCUUUUUAUGAAAAGAGCAGUA